CUCCAACAUCCACACCAGCAUGACCAGCAUAAGUCUCUUGCCCAACGAAAAGGCCGACGACAUUUCCAUUGCGACCAUCUCGGCUUUUCUCGCACCAACGGUCGACUUUGGCGACACAACGUCGUCGUCGUCGUCGUCGUCUGCGUCGUCACCAGCCUCGUCGAGCAGCCUCAAGCGUGGCUACCAGCGGCCCAAGCAAGAGAUCGAUGCCCUUCGCAUAACGCACGCCAAGCUGCAGCGUCACUUGCAUACGCUCCAGGCGCGGCUCGCCAAUGUCCCGGCCGCGGCGCUGCCGUGGCAAGCCCGCGCCAUCGAGCAAGCCACCGGCGUGCAACGGGCAAUGCACGAGAACCUUCGCCUCAAAAGCGUGGUGCUCGAGCGAUCCCAGGUCAUUGAAACCCUCCAACGUGUCCUCUCCAAGCAUCCAAGCAUCCUUGUCGACGACGGCUCGUGGAUGCAAUGUGCUCUUGGUGCGACGGACCGCACGCAGCAUUUGGAGCAGCUUUUGCGGACCCAGUACGACAAGCGUAGCCGCGAGUGGAUUCGGCACGGCUUGUACGACGUCCGCGACGUCUGCCUCGAGCAGCACCGGGCCUAUGUCGACCGCAGCUCGGGCGAGACGAUCUCGUUGGUGUGUCUCCUCUCCAGAAAGGUGCCGCUCUCUGUGCAGGAGAUGAGCGACGUACUCUGGUGCUCCAAGUCGCAGCGGACCAACAACCAAGUACUGCAAGCGUUUCACGAUAGCCUCGUGUACUUUCGGGAGAUGAUUCACUUGCCGCCGCCGGCCUCGUCGCAGAUCGAAGUUCGGACAGCGCUGCGUCGGUACGUUGAGAGCGACGGCAGCGUCGUGCAUGCGUGGCAAACCAUUGCCGACGACCAACUGCAUCCCGUUGACGAGCGCCAUGUCAUUGGCCAACGGGAAGGCUGGACGACGAUCCACGCCGUGGACGGUGGCGCGUUUGUCCAAGUCUGCGUGCAGCUGUCGCUGCCCGCGCGACUGGUAUCGGCGGAGGCGAUGACGACGGAGGCGCUCGGCACGCUCAUCCUUCAGACGACGGAGGCCAACUGCGCGCGCUUUUGCAGCCAAUUGGAUCGAGCCAUGCAGAGCUGUCUGCGAAAGCAAACGCGUGUUUGAAUGGAAUAUUGUCUUGUUAUGCUAAAA